UCGGCUCGCGACAGAUGAUGAUGCUGAUGUGAUGAGUCUCUCUCGCGAACGGCACGGACGCGCUUCCUCUCCGCUCGGGGGUCGGUUUUAGGCAGAUGAACCCGCAGCUUCACUACAGCUACAGACGAGAAAUAGUUUCUAUAUAACAACACAGAAACACCGCAGUGACUGUACACACACGCGCGCGCGCUCACGCGCAUCCUAAGACACGGGUGCUGGAGUUUAGCAUGGACUACGAAAGACCCAACGUAGAGACCAUCAAGUGUGUAGUUGUCGGAGAUAAUGCGGUGGGGAAGACUCGUCUUAUAUGUGCCCGCGCCUGCAACACCACCCUGACCCAAUACCAGCUGCUGGCCACUCAUGUGCCCACCGUCUGGGCCAUCGAUCAGUACAGGGUCUGUCAAGAGGUUCUAGAACGUUCAAGAGAUGUGGUGGAUGAUGUAAGCGUGUCCCUCCGGCUAUGGGACACCUUUGGAGACCAUCACAAAGACAGACGCUUCGCCUACGGGAGGUCUGACGUUGUGGUGCUCUGCUUUUCCAUCGCCAAUCCAAACUCCCUACACCACGUUAAAACCAUGUGGAACAUGGAAAUCAAGCACUUCUGUCCACGGACACCUGUCAUCUUGGUGGGUUGCCAGCUGGAUCUGCGCUACGCUGAUCUGGAGGCAGUCAAUCGAGCUCGCCGACCAUUAUCAAGACCCAUUAAACCUGGAGACAUUUUGCCUCCAGAGAGCGGACGGGAGGUAGCAAAGGAGCUUGGAAUCCAAUAUUACGAGACAAGCGUCUUCGACCAGUUUGGCAUCAAGGAUAUCUUUGACAACGCCAUCCGAGCAGCCCUCAUCUCCAGACGUCACCUGCAAUUCUGGAAGUCCCACCUGAGGAGGGUCCAGAAGCCACUACUGCAAGCACCAUUUCUGCCCCCCAAAUCCCCUCCACCGCUUAUUAAGAUCCCAGAGUGCCCGGCCCGAAACCGAGAUGGCCCGAGACAGCUGCUGGAGUCCCCUCUGUGCGCUGAUGUCAUGUUCGUGGUUCAGGAACACAUCCACUUGUUUGCUCAUAGGAUCUACCUGUCUACCUCGUCCUCCAAAUUCUUUGACCUGUUUCAAAUGGACUUCUCUGAUGAGUCCCAGUGCUUGCUGGUAACCGAGCGCCACGGACGGGAUCAACUCAUGCGCACCCUUAGCCUGGACACGGAAGAGGUGGUGGCGGUUCUGCCCAACCUUUCACCUUGCUCGCUCAGGACGUCCAAGAGUGACGGGACCCUCAAGAUGAUGAGUCUCGGUGGGAUGCACCGGCGCACCAGACUGUCCCUGGCCCACUGGAGCAAGGCUUUCUACAGCAUCCACAAAGAAAGCGUGAUCAACCCGGUCACAGGUUCUCCCGCCCUCAUGACCGUGGUGAAGAUGGAUCACUCCAUACAGUACGGACCCUUCAGUGCCGUCCUGCGCUUCCUCUACACGGGUGAGCUGGAUGAGAAGGAGAUGGACCUGAUGAAGAUCGCCCAGAUUGCAGAGAUCCUGGAGUUGUUUGACCUUAGGAUGAUGGUGGAGAACAUCACCAACAACGAAGCCUUCAUGAAUCAGGAGAUCACCAAGGCGUUCCAUGUGAGAAAGGCCAAUCGAAUCAAAGAGUGUCUCGCCAAGAAUAAUUUCACAGAUGUGGUGUUCAGGUUGGAUGAUGGGACCAUUAACGCUCACAAGCCUCUGCUGAUCUCCAGCUGUGAUUGGAUGGCUGCUUUAUUUGGCGGCUCUUUCAUGGAGAGUGCAAACGAUGAGGUGUCAUUCCCUAACACGAGCAGGGUGUGUAUGCAAGCUGUGCUGGAGUAUCUCUACACCAAUCAGCUUUCGCCCAUGGCAGACCUGGACCCGAUGGAGCUCAUCGCCCUGGCCAACAGACUGUGCCUUCCUCGUCUCAUCGCCCUGACAGAGCAAUACGCCGUGAGCGACUUUGUCAAAGCAUCUAAAGAAGGUCAGGAUACAGAUGGAGAGGUACUAAACUAUCUGGAGCUCGCUCAGUUUCAUAACGCCAGUCAGCUGGCGGCGUGGUGCUUACAUCACAUCUGCACCCAUUACAACAGAAUAUGUGCCAACUACCGCAAAGAGAUCAAGUCCAAAUCAGCCGAGAACCAGCUGUAUUUUGAGAAGAGCCGCUGGCCUCCGGUGUGGUAUCUGAAAGAGGAGGAUCACUAUCAGAGAGUAAAGAAAGAGAGAGAGAAGGAGGACAUUGUGUUGAAUAAACAUCACUCGCGACGUCGAUGGUGUUUCUGGAGCUCAUCUACCGCUGUAGCUUGAGUCCUUUCAAAAAGAGCCUCCAUCCGUCCGUCUGUCUGUCUGUUUUUCUUUCUUUCUCUCAUUUUGAUGAAAUCCGCCACAUCAAAUGUCUUUCGAGCACAAUAUCGGUGUCCAAUCAGUUCAUGUCAUGCACCACCGCUGGAGGUGAUGUAACAAGCCAGUUGCUCAUCUAAUAUUUCUCUCAGUGUUCGAUGUGAUUCUAACCAGCCGUGCCACGACAAAUGAUCAAAUGUCAAUCUUUUACACGUUACACUAAGAUUCUGUCACGGCGUCAGCAAGCGUAAAGAUCUUACAGCAGUAAUAGGACUAGGAAAUCUGGUAAAUGUCUUCAUUUAUUCACUUAGGUGCUAUAUAUAUUUGUGUUCCUACGAAUUUGAAACUGUUCGAUGAUGUUAUCCAAAUGGACAAUGCUUUAUUAUGACACUAAAUCCGAGCACAUUGAUUUACUAAAAUCAUGUCAUUGUAUAGUACAAAUAUUGGGCACUGUGUCAGAACCGUGUUUGAAGAAGUCACCAAAAACAAACAGCACUUGAGCUUUGGGUUCACUGUAGACUGGACUCUGAUGUUGUGACGUGUUUCUAAGAGCUCACCACAGGAUCACAAUAACUGGCUCAUUCACGUUACGCAGUGCUUUAUGAACUCUGUAAAUCAUCAUAAUAAUAAUCAUCAUCGUUUGCUUGACUUGUAGUUAAGUGUACACCAGACGUACGCUCUGGUCAAGCUCAGGCCCUUACAGUAAACUUGACUAAUUUAAACUAGAUUGUUCACAUAACAGCAACAAAAUGACCAGGAAAUAAAUGAAGAUACGCUUAGCUGAGGAAAUCAAAUUUGAAGGAGGUUAUUUGGACUUUUCAACCAUUUUUUUAAAUGUUGGUAAGAGAAAACAGACGGAUAAUGCUGUAAAACCUCACAGAAUUCAUCAAAUGGCAUGUAAGGAAGAUGACGAAAAAUCCAAAUAUUAAGAUAAAUAAUAAUAAAAAACAACAUCUGUUUAAAAGAUUUCUUAAACAUUAGACAACUUUUACAGUUUCAAAGACAGAGAAUGUUUUUCAAAUUUUCAAGAUUGUGACUUUAUGAUGAAGACUUCCAUCUGAAACUAUUUUAGUUUAAUAUAUUAAGGCAUACAACAAGAUGUACAUGUGCUGCCUCUCUGGAAUGACUUGGUUCUGUCCAAAUGAAUCCAGCAGAUUUCACAGGAGUGAAGACACGAGAACAUGACGUGAUCCUCUCGCUGCCGUCAAGCGCAACUUCCACUUUAUCUCUCUCUCGACUCUUCCAUGUGUUGUUGUGUAGUGUCAAUCAUUACUAGCAAACAACACAAUGACGUUAUAUUAGAAGGGCUUAUUGCACCAUGGCUUAGUUCAGGGUAGACAACAUAAAUAAGAGAUGAAAAACGUAAUCACUUCUCAUGUAGAACAUACUAUACAUUCACUCCACCAUUGUUGUGCAAGUUGUUGAGAAGUUACAUAUGUACUGUAGUGGGUUGUAACUUUAUUUACACAUCAAAUAUGGUCGUGCUGGUGAAAGAUGCGACGGUUUCAUCAGCUGUGUCCUAUAGUAAAGAUGUUUGUAAAUGUUCACGGUAGGAUAAAGAAUGUUCUGCGGUCUCUGAGAAUGUGAGGAUUUUUCCUUCACCAAACACUUGGUUGGUGUCAAUGUAUCUUAAAUGAGACCUAAUGUACGGUUAACUGCCUAUUAAUAAAGAGGGAAUAUUCAUACUUGAAGAAAACAUAGUGUUUAGUCAUUAGUGAUGUAGAUCAAUCUUUAUUUGACCAAAGCAAUAUGUAGAUGAUGGCACUCAUAUGUCAGUGGUUUUGGCUAAAUUGUUAGCUGCUACAAACCAAAUGGCUGGUUCAUUUGGUUUCUGCUGUUUAAAUGCCUUUGAUCUUGCUGGUCAUUAUCUUACAUGUUCUUUCUUUAUGUAUUUCAUUUAUUUGUUUUUUAAAAAUGGAAAAUUGUUGAAUAAAUUAUUGAUUUUACUU